GCUGUGAUUUAGAACUCCCUUUAUUCCCUUCUCAUUUUUUUUCUUGUUCACUUUGUUCUUGUUUUGUUCUUUUUUAUUGUGGUCGUGUUGUUCUUUGAAUGCUUUAAAGUCUUUCACACGCACAAAACACUUUUUUCUCUUCUCUCCUCAUUUUUUGGUCAGUCUUCCCCAAGAUCCUUUGGAGAGACAUAGAAAUUGGUUGUGAAAAACAGAAGCACUUGUUUCCAAGUAUAGGAAUCUUCAGUUGCCAUGUUUCAUCGCUGGACCAAUUCUCAACAAGGCCAGCAAAGCAACGAGGUUUAUGCAGAAUCCAAGGUUAAAGAGCUCAAGGGUGCAAUUGGACCCUUAUCAGGACGCAGUUUGAUGUAUUGCACUGAUGCUUGUUUGAGGAGAUAUCUGGAAGCUCGCAACUGGAAUGUAGAAAAGUCCAAGAAGAUGUUGGAGGACACACUCAAAUGGAGAUCAACCUAUAAGCCUGAGGAAAUUCGCUGGCAUGAGGUUGCAAUGGAAGGUGAGACUGGGAAAUUAUACAGAGCAAGUUUUCAUGACAGACAAGGAAGGACUGUUCUUAUUUUGAGACCUGGAAUGCAGAAUACUUCUUCAAUGGAGAAUCAGAUAAGGCAUCUGGUGUAUCUUUUGGAAAAUGCUAUGCUUAACCUUCCACCAGGUCAAGAACAAAUGGCAUGGUUGAUAGAUUUCACUGGUUGGUCAUUGACCAACAAUGUGCCUAUUAAAUCAGCUAGAGAGACCAUUAACAUUCUACAGAACCAUUACCCUGAGAGGCUUGGCAUAGCAUUUCUUUACAACCCCCCACGAGUUUUUGAAGCUUUUUGGAAGAUAGUAAAGUACUUCUUGGAUAACAAGACAUUUCAGAAGGUAAAGUUUGUCUACCCCAAAAAUAAAGAUAGCGUGGAGCUCAUGAAGUCUUAUUUUGAAGAGGAAAAUCUUCCCAAAGAACUAGGUGGAAAAAGCAUAUUGAACUAUAACCACGAGGAGUUCUCCAAAUUAAUGGCUCAGGAUGAUUUGAAAUGUGCAGAUUUUUGGGGAUCUGAUGGCAAGCUUUCAAAUCACAUUGGUAACGGGCAUGCUGCAGCAGAGGUUGCUCCUGAUGUGUUAGCUUAGUGGAGAUAUCAAUACUAAUCAUUGUAACCAUUAGCUCUGGGCAAGUUGUGACUAAGGGGCACAUCCCCAGUUUGGUUAAUUACUGCCAAGAGGGAUUUAUAAUACAUUAAUCCUCUUUUUAAUGCAUCACUAUUCAAGAGGA